ACGUAUAAUGAUUGUAAUAACUGACAUCAAAACAUAACCUAUUAUAAUUAAGUGUUUAUAUUUUGUCAUAAAUAAGGGGCUAGAUCUCUCUAAAUCCGCCACUCCAUAUUUACCUCUAGAGUUAUAUCAGAAAAUCCUGUGUAUCAGCCAGUGUGGAAACUAUGUCAAGCAGAAAUUAUGCAAUCAUAUACUUCGUGGACAUUACGUAUGGUGCAUCGAAUUAGUCAUAUUGCAACUGUAAACAACAUGUGUCAACCAAGUGUCUGUAGACCAGGAAAUGAUAUCUCCGGAAAAGAGAGACGAACUGUUGUUACUUUAUCAGUUAUAUUUGUGGUGAUAUUUAGCGGAUUUGUUGGCAUUCAAAAUUUACAGAGUACUCUUAACAACGAGGAAGGAUACGGUGUGAUAUCUUUGUCGAUUCUAUAUGCAGGCUUUCUUCUGUCGUCAAUUUUUGCCCCUUCGUUCAUCCAGCUUUUCACCCCCAAAGGUUGUUUGAUAAUAGGGUUUAUAGCCCAUGUAGUGUAUACUGCAAGCAAUCUUCAUCCAGUAUUCUGGACGUUGCUUCCGGCUUCCGCCUUUGUUGGGAUAACUUCCGGUCUAAUAUGGACGACACAAGGGAUGUACAUAUCGCACUGUGCAAUAUCUUUCUCUCAAACCCAAAACGUUCAAAUGAGGGAAAUAUUUGGCAAAUUUCAUGGCAUAUUUUUCUUUAGUUAUGCAUUUCCUAGUAUAUUAGGAAACUUGGUGUCUUCCAUUAUUUUAAUGCAAGGAGACUACAAUGUAACAACUAACGCUUCAGAGUACGGUAGAAUCAAAGUAUGUGGUGCAGAUUUAUGUCCAGAACAGUCUGUAGCAGAGGGACAGUUCGCUUUACCAGAUGCACUAACGGUCAAAAUACUUAUGUCUGCGUUUGUAAUUUCCAGCAUUAUUGGUCUGCUGUUAUGCAUUUGUUUAUUACCAUCACUUCCAGCCCCCGUGACUUCAUCAAAGAAUAGUGCCAUUAGAAAGAUGCUAUCCGCCUCCCAUUUUUGUCUUCGAGUGAACACUGAAGUAGAGAUGAUUCUAAUGAUCCCGUCCAUCGUGCUUUUGUCGUUUGUGGAGUCCUUCCGGUGGAUUGACGUUUCCAAGGUCUAACACAUUAUUAUGUGCAGAUGUUUUCAGGCCUAUAUCAGCUGUCCAUAUGGUGUGCAGUUUGUUGGAUUUGCAAUGGCCCUGCAUGGAGUUUUUAGCGGAAUAUCGUCAAUUGUCCUUCCAAGGCUGGCUAAUUUGAUCGGUAGAAAAUAUGUACUGACUUUAUUAAUUAUUGGAUUCACUAUAACGUAUGUGGUUUUCUUAGAAUGGACACCUAUAAAGGACGAACUGCCCCAAAUGAUGGGGUUUAUUUCCAUACAAGGAGUACUGGAAGGAGGCUUCAAUACAAUGCAAUGUGCUUUACUCUCAUCUAUUUACCCAACGAAAACGGAUGCAGCGUUCGCCAGCCUUGCAACAUGGAAAUCAUUAGGCAACACAACAAUCAUAUGCCUGGCUUAUUACCUGUGUGAAAGGUCAAGGUUGUAUAUUAUCAUUUCCGUUGGUAUCCUCUCAAUAACAACCUACGUUGCCUUAGAGAUACGUUUGAGACUGAAAAAGAAGAUACCGGAAGUUGAGGAUGAAGAAGAGAAUGAGAGCAACGAAGAGUUAAAGAUGUCCGCCAUUUAAAUAUUGCUUUACUUAAUUAUAAUUUGAUUCUGAUUUUAACGCGCCAUUUGAUUAGAUAGAACAUUUAGUUUGUAUCCUAUAACCUGUGUUGCCUACAUCACAAUAUGACUUGAGACAAAAAAUCAUUGGUCCCCUUAAUGUUACAAUUAAAUUUUGUACAAUUUGAAGUUAUUUCUUGCUGAAAAAAUUGUUUUAUUUUUACAAUUUAUGAUAGAAAAUUAAAUUAAAAGAUAUAAAUUUAA